AUGAAACAGAUCGCGCGAAAUUACGUUUGGUGGGAUACCGUGGACGCGGACAUCGAGCGGGUGGCGGAGCAGUGCGCCGCGUGCCGCGCGCAGCGCCCUGCGCCGGCGCCCGCGCCGCUGCACUCGUGGCCGUGGCCAGCCACACCCUGGACGAGAUUAAACUUAGAUUUUCUAGGUCCUUUUAAUAAUGUGUACUAUUUAGUAAUAAUCGACGCUCAUUCUAAGUGGAUAGAAGUCGAAAAAAUUAAAACUGGGUCUGCUGCUAUAGUAAUAGAUUGUUUACGAACAUUGUUCGCACGUUUUGGCUUACCGAGACAAGUAGUCACAGACAACGGGCCACCGUUUUCGUCUGCCGAAUUCGGGUCUUAUCUGAAGCGUAACGGAAUCCGACACACCUUAGUAGCCCCUUAUCAUCCUUCUAGUAAUGGAGCGGCUGAGAACGCAGUACGCACGAUUAAGCGAGUGUUGAAGAAAGCCGUUAUCGAGAACGAGAAGUACGUCACGGCUCUCAGUAGAUUUUUGUUCAUGUACAGAAAUACUGAACACAGCACUACAAAAAAAGAACCGGCAGUGGCACUUCUAGGGCGGAGGCUGCGCGGUCGCCUCGACCUGCUGCGGCCCGACACCGCGGACGUGGUGCACAGCGCGCAGAGGGCCAGCGAGCAGCGCAGCGAGGGCCGCACGCUGCGUCAAGCCGAACCGGGGGCGGAGGUGCUGGUGCGGGACUACGCGCGCGGCGCACACAAGUGGGCCGAAGGCCAGGUGCUCGCGCGAGAAGGGCCCGUUUCUUAUGUUGUGCGAACCAGUGACGGCCGGACACAUAAGCGACACGUCGAUCAACUACACUUCAGAAAAUCGAGAUUUACCCUUAGUGACAUAGACGCUAAGGCACCUAAUAUAUCACCCGGCUCCGACCAACCAGCGGACAAAACCCAGGUAGACAUAUCUGAUUUCACGGGGUUACCCGCUGGCGAUAAGGAUCAAAAUGACGGGGAAGGUGGAACUGGUGGAAGCGAGGACGAGUAUAGAACUCCCCCCGGGACCCCGGCUAAACACGACGAACGUCUGCGCCGGAAAGCUGCUGUCCGUUGUUUAGAAAGAUUAAAGCAAAUGUAA